AUGCCCGGUGUUCCCUCGAAUAAGGCGUGCGAGCGGUGUAAAAAAAGACAUUUGAAGUGUGACGAGACUCGUCCGCAAUGUCAGCGCUGCACCACUGCUGGUGUGGAGUGUCCUGGCUAUGUUCAAACUCGCAAAUUCAUUGAUCAAGGAGCGACGGUGAGACGCCGGUCGACCAGUGUUCACAGCUCGGUGUCGCCGAAGAUCUCCAUGGAUCUCACAGAUCCAAUUUCAGGUGAUUAUCAGCGAGUGAUUUCUGCAGAGACGCCCUCUCAGCGGAGCGAACAGGAAGAAUUCCAAGAUAUCUUUUCUGAAUUCUCGACGGGCACUGAGCAUGAGAUUGCAUUUCUCACCCGCCAUUAUGCAGAGGUCAUAGGACCAUGGCUUGACUUAUCCGAUUCUGGAAAGUUCUUUUCCGUCUAUGUGCCUAUCCGAUCCAUCAACAGCCCAUCACUCAAAUAUGCCAUCGCCGCAUUGGCAGCCAAGCAACUAGGGCGAGUAAAGGGUGCAAAGUCAUCUGCUGGGAACGGCAUGUUCACCAGUCCCGCUACUACCGAGCUGUAUCCGAAUACAGCUCAUGUUGAUUGGUUUCUCAAAGCUGCCAAUUAUUAUUAUAUGACGGCAUCAGCCCUGAACAAUAAUUGUUCGGGUGGCUAUAUGGCUGUCUCUACCUCGGCCGUGCUGGAAUCGCCAAUCGAGACGGUCGGUCGGUGGCUUAACUCACGUCUGACAAAAGAGCGGGCACAAACAAGAAGCGACGGAAGCCUUCUGCGGAUGGCCGAGGAGAUGCUUGCGACUGUCACUAUUUUGACAUUAUACAGGCUUCUAGACUCGAACGGUGAAGAGUGGCACAAGCAUCUUGCGGGUAUCCGUCCGUUGUACGAGUCUCUUCUGCAUCUGAAUUUGACAGGUUCACCCUUUUUCUCUCACGGGCUGCGCGCUUCUUUCUGGAACUUCGCUCGACAGGAUUACCUAGGGUCAUAUUUCAUCAGAUCAGCGACCCAUCUCAGCCCCGCCAAUCUCCCUCUAUGGCGAGCUGCAGGAAUAUCCAUUGACGACCAACAUAAAUUCCAAAUGGGCUCCAGCCAUAUGAGUCAAGAAGAUCAGGCAGCAAAUGGUCUAUCAUGGCUUAUCUCCAAGGUCGUCAAUUUUCUGGCUCGGUCAAAAGAGUCACAGAUUGCUCAGUGGACUGAAAGUCCCUCUACUUCACCCAAAGAUUCAACAGAGGCCGAUCAGCAAUCUUACUCCGACACGAAUUGCUGGCUGGAUCUUUCUUUCGAGUUACAAGUUUGGUUCGACGGUGUCCCGGAGACCUUUCGUCCUUGUGUACGGAUCGAGAAUCCCAGAGACCCGGCAAAAUCGCCUAAUGGCCCUCAAUUACCCUUCCCCGAAGUAUUUUAUAGCCUCCCGACCUGUGCAGCUGCAAUGCAACACUAUCAUUUCGGGCGGAUCGCGCUAUUGUUGAAUCGACCACCGGAUGUAUUGAGCGCGCCGAGUACGGCGUUCGAUCGCUUGCAGGGGUAUCGGGAGGUUACAAAGGAGGUGGAGUAUCGGAGUCGAGAUGUAUUUGGGAUCGCGCUGGGACGGCCUCGGGGAGAAGUUCGCGUGUACAUGACUCCGCUGUUAUUUGCCGUGGGACAAUGUCUAGAGGGCUCGGAGGAGCAUCGAAUCAUCAUUGAUCUCUUAGGUGGUUUGGAGGCAGACCUUGGCUGGGCGACUAAAUCUGUGGCUCAGAAACUCCAGGGUUUGUGGAAUCGACAUUGA